AUGGUUUCCUGUCUGCAGGGCGACCCAGGAAAGAAGGGCGAGCCAGGAACGGGUAAAAAAGGGGAAUUGGGUGCUCCGGGCCCACCUGGUACCCACGUUCUGGUUACUCAACAGGAGGGUGCCACCCUUGAAGAGAUGAGACAGGCAUUCCCUUUGCCAAUGGGACCUCCUGGGGCUAAAGGUCCACCAGGGAUGAAGGGUGACGCUGGUCUUCCAGGGAAAGCAGCUGACAUGAAGAACAUUGAAGUCAUGUUUGAAGACUAUGGCAUAAGGCUGCCCUUGUUGAAGGCACUGAUUGACAGGCUGCUGCAGGGCGGCAUGGAGGAGCUUCUGCAGGAGCUAACCACCUCUAGGAGAAUCAAUGAGAAGGAGAACCACGGCUCCAACAUUAUCACUGACUACACAAGAACUGUAAAGUAUGAGAUCUCCAAGGAGCCUCUGACAGAGAUGGACACCAUAGAGGAGGAAGUUGACUCUGACCUAGACAGACAGCUACCAGAACCUAACUCUGAUGCUUUGAAUGAAACGGCGGAGGGCCCCACAUUCUGGAGCCUCACCCCUCUUAAUGGUCUUAAUGGGGUCCAAGACGUGGGGAGGAUAGAGAGCACCUCUAAGGGGAUAGAGGGGACACUGACAGUGGACGAGGACUUCAGUGAAGCUCCAUCGCCCAAGUUGACUUUAUCAAACUCAACAUUUAACAGCACUAUGUCUGAAGAGAGGGUCUCUGAGGUACCAGGGGCAAUAGUAGAAACUGUUCUCCUCAGUGAGGAAGACUCCUUGAAGAAGAAGAAGAGUCGAGAACGGAAGGGCAAGGGACAGAAAGGACGACAUAAGAGGCAAAGACAGCGCCUGACGAGUACGGAGGAGGAGGAGGAAGCGGAGGAGGAGGAAUUAUACGAUGGGGAAGAGUACAGUUAUGAAUAUGAGGAUUCCACAGAUGAUCCCUUACUGUCAAUGGAAAAGCAAGGGGAGUUUAAAAUCACAACAGAAAGCACACUACAUGGAAUGAGCAAAGAGAGUGGCCUGACAACUUUAGAUUCAUAUCCAUCCCAGUCACCGGGAGGCAGCCAAAAGCAGGGGGAAUUCAUCACACCUAUCCUUCCCAGCACAACGGAACAAACAGAGAAGGAUUCCACAGAUGAUCCCUUACUGUCAAUGGAAAAGCAAGGGGAGUUUGAAAUCACAACAGAAAGCACACUACAUGGAAUGAGCAAAGAGAGUGGCCUGACAACUUUAGGUCCAUAUCCAUCCCAGUCACCGGGAGGCAGCGAAAAGCAGGGGGAAUUCAUCACACCUAUCCUUCCCAGCACAACGGAACAAACAGAGAAGGACCUUUCCUAAAUCCAGAAAGAUUGAGACUGUAGAUUUGUAAGCACAGAGUGUUUGUAUAAACUGUGAAGUGUAUCCCUGGUGAGGAGCAGUCUACCCUUAACCUGACCAGCAUAACAUGAGGAGGGACUUCGCUUCGUCGCGCAAUGAUGAUGUAAUUUGUCCAAUGUCACUCGUCCAAUGCCACUUCUAUGACCAGAAUCGUGUUUUAUACUUAAUCCAAGUACCUAAAAGAUGAACAAUACAUAGGUAAAAGCUAAGAUAAAUCAAGACAGUGUAUUAUAUAACGAUUAUUGGACUAAUAAAUUCUUCCAUCAGAUGUCAGUGUUAUUUUAGCAUUGACUUUGCAUCAACUAACUUAUUUAUGAAAGAAGUUCAAAAUGUUACAUUGGACCUGAGCUAUAGUAUAGCUUCUUUCUGUCGCUUCAGUAUUACAACAGUUUUUACCGCCUCGUAAUUUGUUCAACCAUAUUCUAAUGUUUUCAGUGUAUCGCUGCUUAUCAAUUCCUCAACCAAACGUUAUUUAUUGAAAACAUGGAAAUAGAUUGUAUUUUCUUCCUUUUCUGUAUUAGUUACUACUUUUUCAAUGAAAUGUGUUUCCAUCAUAUUCUUCAGAAUAUAUAGUAUUGAAACGUGUUUUCACUGGUGAAAUGUUGUCAGUCUAAAGUUCUCCCUUUGUAUUUAACCUCUCUGUGUGCAUGUAAGUAAAUG